AUGGCCAUCCUCACUGAAUUACCAGAAGAACAAGAAGCGGCAAUAACAUAUGAUGUUUUCCUGAGUUUCAGAGGGAAAGACACUCGUCUGGGUUUUAUGGAUCACCUUUACCAAGCUUUGGUGAAUGAAAACAUCUCUACCUUUCUUGAUGAGGAAGAGGUUGAAACUGGGGAAGAACUUAAACCCGAGCUUGCAAAAGCUAUAAAAAGCUCCCGUGCUUCCAUAGUUGUGUUGUCUAAGAACUACGCAUCUUCAACAUGGUGUCUGGACGAGCUCGUGAUGAUCCUUGAGCAACGAAGGGUCUCUGAUCAUAUCGUUCUCCCUGUUUUUUACAAUGUCGAGCCGACACAUAUCAGAAAGCAAGAAAGCACUUUUGGGGAAGCGUUAUUUGAACACAAACAGAGGAUUGAGUCAGAAAAGGAUGUGGAGAAGAAAACUCAAUGUGCUCGUAAGUUGGAGAUGUGGACGAAAGGACUUACAGAGAUUACUGAUUUGAAAGGAAAAGAUGCAACUGGAAGAAGAGAGACGGUGGUCAUCGAAGAAGUCGUGAAAGAAAUUAGUACUAGACUGGAACUACACUUGCAAAGGAGAAUUCCACACCUAAUUGGGAUGGACGAUUCUAUUUUUACCAUCAGUUCUUGGUUAAAAAGAGGAUCUUCUGAAGCUGCUGAAAUUCUCACAAUUUGGGGAAUGCCUGGGAUCGGAAAAACAACAUUGGCAGAAUAUAUGUUUACCUCGCACUGCCAUAAAUUUGAAAGUAGUAGCUUUGUUGAAGCCAUUGGAAGAAGAUGUGCACAACAGCCAUAUUCGCAAAUAGAUUUGCAAAAACAGCUUCUCGGAGACGUUCUAAAGAAAAGAAAGAUUGAAGAAAAUAAUGCAGAUUUAUGCACAUCUAAGGUUGAAAAGGCAUUAUCUAGGAAAAAGGCACUUCUGGUUCUUGAUGAUGUUGAUAACUUUGAGCAACUGGAUGUGCUUAUUGGAACAAAAGGUUUUCAUCCAGGAAGCAAGAUUAUAGUAACAACCAAAGAUGGGUCCCUAACAGAAAAUUGUUCAUUGUUUCGUAUGAAAUUCCCCCCAAAACAUACAAAGCUUGCACUUCAUGGCUUAAGUGACACUGCAUCUAUGAGACUUUUAUGUUGGCAUGCGUUUGGAAACAAUGAUCCGAAGAAAGGUUAUGAGAAAGAAGCAGAACGAGUUACCAAGUUUUGUGGAGGACAUCCAUUGGCUAUUAAAGUUUUGGGUUGUUCAUUAAUUAAUAAAGAUGCAGCCAUAUGGAGUGAUGUCCUUGAAAUGUUGGAGGCAAAAGGAUAUUUAACUGAUGUACAAGAGAAUGUACAAAAGGCUCUGCAAAUUAGCUUUGAUUCUUUAUCAGGGGAUUGCAAAGAACUUUUUAAGCACAUUGCUUGUUUUUUUGUUGGAAAAGAAAGAGAAGUUACACAAAUAAUAUUAAAGGAAUGUGGGUUUCAAACAUCAUAUGGGAUCAACAAGCUCAUUGAUAAAUGUCUUCUCACAAUUGGAGGAAGAAAUGAGUUGAGGAUGCAUCAAUUGCUUCAAGAGAUGGGGAGAGAUUUAGUCCGUAAAGAAUCACCUGAAAAGCCAUGGAAGCGUAGUUGA